AUGGAUACAAUCUCUGAGAUGCAGGAAGAGAAACCCUCGUUGCCGUUUAACGCAAGUCUUGAUCCUUCAAACCCAUUAGGGUUCUUGGAGAACGUCUUCCACUUUCUUGGGAAAGAGAGCGACUUUCUUCUGAAAGACACGUCGGAAAAGGAGAUCGCCACUGCCGUUACGGCCGCCAAGAAGAGGUUGAGAGAAGCCAAGAAGGAUGAGGAAGAGAAAGAGAAGGCGGAGAAGGAAAGCUUGAAGCCUACGGAACCCCCCAUGGAGGUUGAGAAGCUUAAGGGAAAAGAGAAUGUCAUCCUUGGUGAAGUUCCUAACAAAGGGAAUGGGCUUGAUCUUGAAAUGUAUUCAUGGACACAGACUCGCAAAGACGUCACAAUCACCAUUCCAGUGCCUAGCGGCACCAAUCCACGGUAUGUUUUCUGUGAAUUCAAGCUGUACCGUCUGAAAGUUUGUCUCAAUGGGAAACACACAAUCAUAGAAGGAGCACUCUUCGAUGCGGUAAACCCUAGAGACUGCUUCUGGUACGUCGAGGAUGAGAAGGUCAUAACGGUUCUCUUGACAAAGCUACAAAAGUAUCAGUGGUGGAAAUAUUGUGUGAAAGGGGAGCCUGAGAUUGACACUCGGAAAAUUGAUCCAGAGAGUAGUAAACUGGAUGAUCUUGACCCGGAGACUCGUAGUAAAGUUGAGAAGAUGAUGUUGGAUCAAAGGGAGAAGCAUGAUUUGGCAAAGAAGGUCAAGUCUGAGUCUCUUUCUCGAUUAGACAUGAAAAAACGAAGGUUCAUGUGAUGAUUAGGACAGGAUGACAAGUCGUUGGAGUUUACUCAAGUGAUAUGCUGAUUAUAUAUGUUUUGAUCUUGUCAAGCUUGUCUCUAAAAAUCUAACUAUAUAUAUAUAAGCUGUUUGAUGAUGCUUUCUAUAGUUUAACGUCCGUAUGAAUUAAUUAACAGUUGACGUGAAUGUACAGAUUACAA